UAAAAGGCAAACAGAGGAAUCUGUUAGGGGGAGAAAUUGGACUUUGGUGGAAAGGGGAAAUGCAUCCAGCUAGAGACUAAAUCUUGUCAGAAAGCACACUACUCAUUUCCUGAAGAGUGGGAAAUGAAUAACUUGGAAAUGGAUCUGCCUUCUAAUGGCUCACCAGAAAUCAUUAUAGAAGAUAUUGCCGCACAGCUAGCGUGUAGCCCUGUGGAUAAGAAAGUUGCUUUGUGGAUGGAUGACGAAGAUGAGCUCAGACACUUCCAUGAACAUUUCUACAUUCCCAAAGCGAAGGAUCUGCCUCCAACUAAUUCAGCUUUAGUGAAUGAGGAUGAAAACUGCAUCUACUUUGCUGGUAAUUCUCUUGGACUUCAGCCAAAGAAAAUUAAAACAUACUUGGAUGAAGAACUUGACAAAUGGGCUAAAAUGGGUGUCCAUGGUCAUAUGAAUGGUGAGCGUCCUUGGAUUUUUGGAGAUGAGUGCAUUGUCAAAUUUAUGGCUGAUCUUGUAGGGGCUCAUAAAGAAGAAGUAGCUUUAAUGAAUGGCUUGACAGUUAAUUUACAUCUCCUAUUGCUGUCUUUCUUUAAGCCAACCAGAAAUCGCUAUAAAAUCCUGAUGGAAGCCAAAGCUUUUCCCUCAGACCAUUAUGCUGUUGAGUCUCAGCUCCAACUUCAUGGGCUGAAUGUGGAAAGGAGCAUGCUUCUGAUAGAACCACGAAAGGGGGAGGAGACCUUGAGAACUGAAGAUAUCCUUGCUGUAAUUGAGAAGGAAGGAGACUCUGUUGCUGUAAUUCUGUUCAGUGGUGUGCAGUACUACACAGGACAGCUGUUUGACAUCCCCAGAAUAACCAAGACUGGCCAAGAGAAGGGUUGCUUUGUUGGAUUUGACAUGGCUCAUGCUGUUGGUAACGUUGAACUGUAUCUACAUGACUGGGGAGUAGACUUCGCCUGCUGGUGUUCGUAUAAGUAUCUGAAUUCUGGAGCAGGUGGUCUAGCUGGUGCCUACAUUCAUGAGAAACAUUCUCAGACUGUAGAACCUAUGCUAACAGGAUGGUGGGGUCAUGAAUUCAAAACCAGAUUUCUCAUGGAAAAUAAAUUGCAGCUGAGUCCUGGGAUCAAUGGAUUUCGAUUAUCAAAUCCUCCCAUAUUAUUGGUGUGUGCUCUUCAAGCUAGUUUAGAAGUCUUUGGACAAACUACAAUGAGACUUCUGAGGAAAAAAUCCAUUCUUCUUACUGGCUACUUGGAAUACUUGAUAAGGCAUUACUACAGUGAAGAUAAAGAUGAUCCUGAGAAGCCCUAUGUGAAAAUAAUCACACCAUCUAACAUUGAAGAAAGAGGAUGCCAGCUAACACUGGUCUUCUCCAUUCCAGUUAAAUCUGUGUUUAAAGAACUGGAAAAAAGAGGUGUUGCUUGUGACAUGCGGGAACCCAAUGCUAUUCGUGUUGCCCCAGUUCCUCUCUACAAUUCUUUCCACGAUGUGCACAGAUUUAUUGAAAUCCUAGGAUCUGCAAUUACUUCUGCAGAGCGAACGGCAGACACUACAGCACAUUUCUGAUCGUAUCGACAGUGCAGCUGUAUCUUUUAAUCUCUUUCUGACUAAGAUGCAUCAAUGCUUUUGAGCAAUUUUUUGUUUCAAAUCUGUUCUACCAAUUUGCCCCCAAAGACUGAUUUUGCCUGGUUAUAUAUAACAGACAUACUUUUUUAAAAAAUUAAAACUCACAUUUCCACUUA